CUUCUUCUUCGCUGCGCCGCUGCGCCGCUUCGCCGCUUCGGUCUUCCCACUUCCCCUGCAAUUGCCAAAAUUGCCUGCCGUCCCUAAUCCCUUAUCCAAACUCCAAUCUUUGAUCCAGUGCUAUUUCCACACUUGCUCAUCGAUCAAUACCCAAUUUCUUCCCGUUAGAUUUUCCUCCAGGAAUUUGGGCGAUAACCAGUUCACUGACCUACCUCACUGUCAAAGAAUAGCGGCUUAAAUUUAGUGUUUUGCUGAAGGUGAAACUAAGUGCAAAAUGCUCCAGAAUGUUCCACAUCAGAUUGUGCAAUCUCCAGCUAGGCUAGGGUUACCAAAUCCAAAUUCACCUUCUCUUCAAAACACUACUCCGGCUAAGUUUGCCUCCCAAGCCCAGCAAUCUCAUCCACCCAAUCAACAGCCAUAUGCAUCAAGCAUUAUUCCAACUUCUUCAACACUUCUUCCUCUCCUUCCCCCUCUGCCAAGAGCUCAGUCUAUUCUUCUGCAAAUGUCCUCACUUGCCUCAAGACUUUUUGAUGUCUCACCUAAUAGGUCGCAUUGGAUUAGCGCAUUUCGAGGUUCCCUACCCUCCUUCUUGUCUUCCCAAUCCCAACCUUUGACAUCAACUGCACCAGAUUCCUACCCUUCUUCCUCCAAAGAAAUUCUCGCUCUUUUCACAAACCUUCAAACUCAGCUAUUUGAAGCUGUUGCAGAGCUCCAAGAAAUUCUUGAUCUUCAAGAUGGAAAACAGAAACUCUCGCACGAAAUCAGGUCAAAAGAUGCUGCAAUUCUUGCACUUGCAAGCAAGCUCAAAGAAGCUGAGCAGGUUCUUGACAACCUUGUGGAUGAUUACUCGGAUUAUCGCCGUUCAAAACGGUCCAAGUCAGAAGAUGUUGCAGAAGAUUCUUCAACCACCACUGUGGCAUCUCAGCUGAAGCUUUCUGAUAUAUUGUCAUAUGCCCAUAGGAUAAGCUACACUACUUUUGCACCACCAGAAUUUGGUGCUGGACAGGCUCCUCUCCGUGGGGCACUCCCACCUGCUCCACAGGAGGAGCAAAUGCGGGCAUCCCAACUGUACGCUUUUGCUGAUCAUGAUGUUGGUUUACCAAAAACAGAUGAGGAUAAGAAGAAAACUAUAGAGCCAUUGAUCGAAACUCCUGUUGGGCAACCAGCAGAGCCAAAUCCACUGGCCAAUCUUGCUGGAAUGCAGGGUCUACUUCCACCUAAUAUUGCUAUGCCAUCAGGAUGGAAACCUGGAAUGCCCGUGGAGUUGCCCAGUGAUCUACCUAUUCUUCCUCCACCUGGUUGGAAACCUGGUGAUCCAGUGGCACUGCCCCCAUUGGAUUCUCUUCCUAUACCUCCUAGAAUUGAAGAGCAACAACCUCAGCAUAUCCCCCCUCCAAUGCUUACAAAGGCACCCGAGCCUAUACAAGUUCGGCAUGUGCAGCUUGACAUUGACGAUGACAGUAGUGAUUAUAGCAGUGAUGUUGGUAGCUCUGACAGUGAAGAUUAGUCCUAGACUCCAGUGCUUUUAUGUCGAUGUAAAUUCUGAAAUGCUACGUAGAACAUCUUUCAAAGAGGAUUGAAGUUGCUAUCUCUAGCCUGUACUUUCUGCUGAUGAAAUUGAAGUUUUAUUAGAAUUCUGCAA